UCCUACAAGCAAACCUCCAGCACAGCGUGGCCGCUACGGCCCAACUGAGACGCUGCCUGGUAGGUUUGCCAACAGCCGUUGCCCUCCUACAAGAACCAUGGGUGGGCAACGGUCACAUACGCGGGCUCUCCGACACGAAAGGUAAGCUCUAUUACUCCACGGUACACGCCGUCCCUAGGGCUUGUAUCCUAACCACUAACAAUAUCAUUGCACAACCGCUCACUGAGUUCUGUUCCAGAGACCUGUGUGCGAUUAAACUACAAGUUCCACUGCCAACAGGCUGUCGCGACCUAGUCCUUGCCUCGGCGUACAUGCCCGGAGAGGACGAGCCGCCGCCCGCCGAACUACAACGACUGGUCAGCCACUGCGAGAGAGCGGGCCUCGCAUUAAUCAUCGGGGCCGACUCCAACGCACACCACCCGCUGUGGGGAAUGGAGACCAGUAACAACAGAGGUGUCACAGACAGUCCCCUAUGCAGAGGAUGCAUGGAGACAGAAGAAACAGCCUCUCACGUGGUGCUGGAGUGCAGCGGAGUGGCCCCAUACAGGGCAAAACAUCUCGGAUCCCCGAGAGACCUCCCCGAGGUCCUACUCAACAUCAAAGGUUUGAUAGGUUUCCUCGAGGAGCUGGGCUGGCAGGACUAGCCCACCCCCAUGUCACGCAAAAUAGGCGCCAGUCGUCGAGUUGCGGAAAAUCGCCCGAACUACAAU